CUGUCGUAGUAUUUCAACCAACUCCAACUGUCAACCAAUUGGAAUUAUACGCGCUAUGCUUUCGUGUUUGCUAUUGUGUUUUGUGUGUGCUUAAAAAUAAUAAUUGCGAAUUAUAUACCGCGUAACACGUUAUUGUGGUAUAAAAACUAAAAACUUUUGGAUAUUAAACAAAUAAAAAAUAAUUGAAAAGUGUGCUCAAAGGUUUACCGUAGCUGAUUGCAUUACUACAAUUGGCCAUUGUUUGAAAAAUUAUAGCGGUUCGGUUUUUUUUAAAGGAUUUACAAGUACCGUUAAAAGUCCGUCAAGAAAAUGCCGAAAAAGCCAUCAAAAAAUGGUUUUAUGACCUUUACCUUUGAUUGGAAGUCUAAGUAUGGUAGAAACUUAAGCUUGGCCGAAGCUACAACAGAGUGCGGCCGUAUAUGGGCGUCAAUGACGGCGCAGGAGCGUGCACCCUAUAAUGAGCGCGCUAAGCAGGAAAAAAUGGGCUUAAAAACUGGCGCGGCACCAAAACUUACCUGCAGGGGUAAGCCCAUUGAUGUUGUAGAAAAAGAGCGUCAGGAUGUUGAGCAGCGUGAACGGCGCAUGAAACGUACCAUCGAGUUGACUGUUCGAAAUAGCGUGAAGAAUGACCAAUUGGACACGCAAACAUACCACUUUAUAAUGGUGAACUAUUUCGUACGUUCACUCAGAGGUGGCAUUUAUGUGCCAGCCGAAAUUUCUGUUGUUAAAUACUCGUUGAAAGAAGGUUUAUGUCGGCUGUAUCAUAGUUUCAUAAAUCCUGGUCCUGAAUUGUACGGUUUACAGUAUGAGGCACAACAUCAUUCGGACAACACACACAAGUUGCCAUUACCGCCGCAUGCUAAGGGUGAAACUGAUUUAGGUUUGAUUUAUAAUAAUAUACUGGAUUUUAUACGAGAUCCUGAAACUGGCGAGUAUCCGCCAGUUUAUACUCAUCGUGAUUCCAUACCAGUUGUGGCAUCUGUUUUGGACUAUCUCAAAGGCGAUUACAAAGCAAGAAACAUCGAAUUCGAGACAUAUUCGAUACAAUAUCUCUUUUACAUACUCAAAGAAGCUACUUGUGAAAUGGGUGAAUUGGAAAAACCAACUUCUAGCUUCGUUACUGAUGCAUUUUGGGAUAACGACUUUUUUGAAUAUCAAAUUGAUAUAGCUUGUACAUACCAUGAGGAAAUUGAUAAAAGCAAAUAUUGCACACAAUCAAUAGUAACACGCUGGGCAUUCACGUUUUCCGAUUACAUGUGUUGCGACAUUGCUAUCGAUAUGAUACCCGGUCGUCAUGUGCCCAAAACCACGAACUUGGCUGCCAUUAUAAAUCCAGCGCCAAGCACCUAUGCCGACACCGAAUCGCAAAUUUCCGUAAAUAGUGAAAGUACAUACGCCACUAAAGCCGUAUGUGAGAAUAAAAUUUACUAUGAUGAGCCAAAUGCUUAUGCGCCAGCACGUUCAUACAAUAGUGGGCGUUCCACGUUGCCAUUUGAAGUCAACGAUUUUCCAAGUCUUGGGCCGGGUUCGUCGCGUAAGAAGCACGCAUCCAAUUAUGCAAUAGCACCAGCUAAAACUAGUCGCAUGCAUAGCGCACCACACCAGGCAAUGGAUAGCGACUCACCGGAUUCGACUGUCGAUAUAAAUCCGUGGUCAAUGCGUUCGUUGCAUGUGCCACGCAAACCGGACACCUCACACUUCGAUAUAAACUAUACGCGCGAUGAGACCACCGAUUCGGAGGCAUCGACACCGCUCGGUUAUGGACGUGGUCGUAUGCGUAAUAACGUGUCUACGGCUAGCGUUGUGAGUGCAGGCUCAGGACGUGGCCGUCUAUUUCAGCGUUUAAACAAUUAGUGUUAUAAAAAAAUUCAUAAUAAAAAAAAAAAUAAAAAUAUAAUAAAAAAAAAAUAAAAAUAUAAUAAAAAAAAAUAAAAUAAAAAUAAAAAAAUAAAAAUAUAAUAAAAAAGAAAUUAAAGUUAGCUUACAUAUAUAUGUAAUAUAUACAAAAGAUAAUGUAUAUAAAAAUAUAACUGUGAGCAUAUGUGCGAAAAUAUGUGCAUAUCGCCGACUUAAGCCAUUGUAACAACUAAGCAUAUUUGAACUGUUCUUUAAUUUCUUUGUUUUGCAAACGCCUUAAAUUUUUUUUUUAAAUCACUUGACUACAAAAAUAGUUUAAGUAAAUGCGUGAUUGUCAUAAUUUUUUAAUAAAAGGACUACUUGGUCCUUAUGCAUAAAUAA